AUGAGCAACCUGCCAGCUGGUUGUCACUGCCAUCUUCCUUAUCAAAACUACGCUUAUAAAUCGAGUUUUGACUACCAAGAAUCACUCGCAGAGCUAUACCGUAUCCCAUACCUGAAAUCACUAAACGAGACCGCGACCAUGACAUACCUCAACAUCACAACCCCUGAGCCUGAUAGCGCCCAUCUUGCAUUCACUCGUGAUUCCGCAGCUGGAUUCAUGCUUGGCGCCGUAGGGGGCAUCGUCGCCUUCGUUCUCUCUUACCUCGCCGUCUGCUUCACUGUGAGCAACCUUCGUGCCAGACGACAGCGUCAGCGAGAGGAGCGAGAGUUGAUGGAGUUGAUAGAGAUGAUGGAACUAUCAGAUGUUGAGCCGGACUCACCAUAG